AAGCUAGAACUGCUGUGGAAUAAGGGACUGUAAUCAACUUUCCUUCUAAGGGAAGCUGGGAACCUUCUCCCUUUGCUUCGUGAAAACUAAGCCGAAUCUUUUGCCAAACGCCUAUAAAUUAGGCAAGAUGGCCCCUGAUUUGACUUCAGCUGCGUCUCUCUCCCAGCCAGUUUUCUCCUCUGCAGCUGAUUGGCUCUGGAGUGUGGCUCGAACUCUACCUUUAACAAAAGAGGCCAGGGCUAACGGGUCGAUGUUUCGCCUGAAUGAUGGCGCUUACCAUUUUUAUCCUCAGGCUAUUCGUCUGCAUCCUGGCAUUUCCCUUGUUCCUGCUUAACACUCUAGGCUUGUGGAACCAGAUAUGCAAAAAAUGGUUCCCCUACUUCAUGCUGAGGUUCACCGAGAGGUACAACGAGCAGAUGGCAAGCAAGAAGCGGGAGCUCUUCAGCAACCUGCAGGACUUCGUGGGCCCCUCCGGGAAACUCUCCCUGCUGGAGCUAGGCUGCGGCACCGGGGCCAACUUCAAGUUCUACCCGCCCGGAUGCAGCGUGACUUGUAGUGACCCCAACCCCAACUUUGAGAAGUUCUUGAUCAAGAGCAUGGCGGAAAACCGACACCUGCAGUUCGAGCGCUUCUUGCUGGCUUCGGGGGAGAACAUGCCGCAGGUGGCCGAUGGCUCCAUGGACGUGGUGGUCUGCACGCUGGUGCUGUGCUCCGUGGAGAGCCAGGAGCGGAUCCUCCAGGAGGUGCGCAGAGUGCUGAGGCCGGGAGGGGCUUUCUUCUUCCUGGAGCAUGUAGCAGCGGAGAGCUCAACUUGGACUUACUUCUGGCAACAAAUCCUGCAUCCUUUCUGGUACCUGCUGUUUGACAGGUGCCACCUGACCAGAGAGAGCUGGAAGGCACUGGAGGGGGCAUCCUUCUCCAAGGUCAAGCUGCAGCAUUUCCAGGCGCCGCUGUCCUGGAAGGUGGUGUGCCCCCACAUCUGUGGUUACACUGUGAAGUGACCCCUCUUUGGGAGCUUGGUGCUAAGAGGCAGUGAAAUCACUCAAAAGAGGACUUGGGAAGGGAAAAGUGAUAAGAUCUUAAUACUUCACAAACUAAGCCAAGAAAUACUAACUAGUUGAAAAUCCAAAUCUAAAAGAUCUUAAUACUUCACAAACUAAGCCAAGAAAUACUAACUAGUUGAAAAUCCAAAUCUAAAUAGCCGAGGUCUUUUUGAAAGAGAAAUCUGAAUCUAUCUGUUGUUCCUAGUAACGGGGCUGGUUUUCAAAAUUAAUGGACCAGGAAGCCACACCUAGCUCUGCCCAGCGUUGUUGUUUUUACUCCCAUAUUCCACUGACGUUUGCGUUCCUGCAUUCCUGUCUUCAAUUCUUUUUUUUUCUUUAAUUUUUUAUUGUUAUGCUAAUCACCAUACAUUACAUCAUUAGUUUCCUGUCUUCAAUUCUUAAGAUGAAGAUUGUACUUGACACAUUAGUACAGCCAGAAAAAUAGCUGAGGCACUUAAGUUUCUUGAGUACAUUUUCCUUAUUACGUAGCAGAUAGUUUGCUGCAUGUGUUGAACUGUAGGUAAGGAAAAGGCCCACUGUAAUUAGGAAAACCUUGGAUAAAAUUAGGUACGCUUUCUAAAAGCCCCUGAAACCGGGUGCCUGGGUAGCUCAGUUGGUUAAGCGACUGCCUUCGGCUCAGGUCAUGAUCCUGGAGUCCCGGGAUCGGGUCCCACAUCGGGCUCCCUGCUCAGCGGGGAGUCUGCUUCUCCCUCUGACCCUCUUCCCUCUUGUGCUUUCUAUCUCUCAUUCUCUCUCUCAAAUAAAUAAGUAAAAUCUUUAAAAAAAAAAAAAAAAGCCCCUGAAACCUAGGCAGUCUGGGAGUCUGUAAAGAAGUAGACACAUAUUUGGGUGAUUAUUCUGACCAAAUUUCCACUCCUGUUCCAAGAUGAUUUCUUUGUUCCUUGCCACCAUGGAAACCUCUGAAAAUCAUAAGUGCUUUGAAAACAAGUGUUAGGUUGGUCAGUCAGAGGGAUUAAGAAUAGCAUUUUCAGGGGCACCUGGAUGGCUCAGCUGGUUAAGCGUCUGCUUUCAGCUCAGGUGGUGAUCCCUGGGUCCUGGGAUCGAGCCCUGUGUUGGGUUCCCUGCUCAGUGGGGAGCCUGCUUCUCCAUCUCCCUCUGUCCUUCCACCCCGCUCAUUCUCUCUCUGUCUCUCUCUCUCAAAUAAAUAAAAUCUUAAAAAAAAAAGAAUAGCAUUUUUGGCAAUAGUUCGUGUGUAUGUUAAUAAAUUUAGUAUAUUCUCUGUAAAGUAUAAUGACUUUACAAAGGGACUAUUUUAAAUAUGAAAUCAAUCAAUAAAUUCACAUAGAUUUUAGGAAUGGAAAUAAAGGGUUUAUAUCUUUG